AUGACGCAGACCGUCGAGCCCGGAACCCUCGGCCACUUGACCGCUGACGAGGAGAGUAAACUGCAAGAAGCUUGGAAACUUUUACUCAAGCUCAGCCGAGUGAACUCGUCUCACGAUGACCCGCCGUCAGACGUCAGCAAGGACCACCAGUCCAAGGGUACACCACCAGACGUCUUCCGUGAACGCCUCUGGGGCUCCGUGCGCCAACAUCACCCAGACGCCAUUAUCCUGCGAUUUCUCCGUGCGCGAAAGUGGGACGUCGAGAAGGCCAUGGAAAUGCUCAUGUCGACAAUCGACUGGCGUCACGAGCGACGAAUGGAUGAAGAUAUCGUUAGGAAAGGCGAAUCCGUCGCGUUCAUCACAUCGCCCUCUGAGGAUCAGAAGAAUUUCCUCGCGCAGUACCGGUCGGGAAAGAGCUACGUGAGAGGCUCAGAUAUGGAAGGUCGUCCCGUGUACAUCGUCAAGGCUCGGCUGCACAAUCCCAGCCUUCAGUCCGCAGCAGCGAUGGAGGCGUUUGUCCUUCACAACGUGGAGACCAUCAGUCUGAUGGUCAAGGCUCCGAACGACAAGACGUGUCUCGUCUUUGACUUGAGCGGCUUUGGCCUUCGUAACAUGGACUUCCAUGUGGUGCAGUUCCUCGUCCAGGUCUUCGAGGCUAGGUACCCCGAGUCUCUCGGACUGGUUCUGGUGCACAAUGCGCCGUUCGUCUUCUGGGGGAUCUGGAGUGUCAUCAAGCACUGGCUUGACCCCGUUGUUGCGUCGAAGAUUACCUUCACCAGUGGUAAGACGGGCCUGUCAAAGUACAUAUCUCCAGAGAAUUUGCAAAAGUCGUACGGCGGGAAUGACACGUGGGAGUACAAAUACAUCGAACCUGUCGUUGGAGAAAACGAGCGAUUGGACGACGACGAGAAGCGAUCCAAAAUUCAAGCCGAGCACGAUGAUCUCAUUUCUCAAUUCGAGAAAACGACGGUCGAGUGGGGUCGUCAUGGGGCGGGUUCAGAUGAGGCAAAGAGAAUUGAUGGGCGGAGAGUCGAAAUCGCCAGGAAGAUGGAGGCGAACUAUUGGAAGUUGGACCCAUACCUGAGGUCGAGGACGCAUUAUCAUCGAGCGGGGGUCAUCGAUGCUGGUGGAAAGAUUGAUUGUAGGGCAACAAAGGUGGUGUAG